ACAUUCCAAUAAGGAAGGAUAGCAAAACAAAUAAAAUAGCAGAAGAAAAGUACAGCAACAACCAACAACAAUUCUAUUCUACUCUUAAAAACCAAAACUAAAACAAAGCUAACCAUGGGUGGGUGGGACCCAUUUCUUGGUUGGAGUAAAAUCUGUUGUGGGGUGAACCCCCUUUAGGCCUUUACCAAAUCUGCAUCCUCAAGAACAAACACAAUCAAUAUUCAAUCCCAUUUCACCUUUUUUUUUUCUUUCCUGUUCUUCUUUUUUAUGGAGUCAAUAUUUUAGCUUUGUUAACCUUCAUCUGCAGGCUUCCAAGUUCUUCAUCCAUUUUCUUCUCCUAUAGGUGAACCCUUUUUGUGUUUUAGAAUCUAAGAGGUAUAAGAUGGUUUCUGAUUAGUGAACGUGAAUUUUUGAAAUCAGAACUUGGGAGGCUGUUUUUAGAAUCUUGUAAAGAAAAUGGAAGCUGAGAAACAUUCUGAGUUAUCUGCUCUAAAGUCUCCCGAAGGAAGUAGGUUGUGGAAGGAGGAGUUGGAAAAAUGUGAAUCUCAAGUUGAUGAAUUGCAAUCAAAAUUUAUGGAGGUAAAAGCUUCUAUUGAAGGAUCUGAAGCCGAGUCGGAUAAAGAUUUGGAUAUGCUUUGGAGGAGAGUGAAAAUUGCAGCAACUUUGCUGACUUAUUUAAAGAGUAGAGCAAGAACAAUGGUUGUUCCUCACUUAGCAAAAGCAUCUUGUGGGAUAAAGUUGUUGCAAGGUGUAGGGCUAGUUGACAAAGAUGGAAUUCCGUUGUCUAGCUGGUCUAAAAGUAUAGAUCUUUCUUCUAUUGAUGUUCAAACAAAUAAUGGAAGUAGUGAUCCGGGUAAUUUUGUUCAUGAUAAAGAAGGAGCCUAUGUGUAUGAUCUACUAAACUCCGUGCAGACAGUUUCAAAUGUGAUGGAAACUCUGGUUAAAAGGGUCCUAAUUGCUGAGUCUGAAACUGAAAUUGAGAAAGAGAAGGUAAACUUCAGUCAGGAAGAAAUUAAGAAGAAGGAAACUCAACUUGAAAGCAUGUCUUUGAAGCUGGAGGAAAUGGAAAGAUUUGCUUUCGGAACUAAUUGUAUUCUAAAUGAGAUGCGGCAACGAGUUGAAGACUUAGUUGAAGAGACAUCUAGGCAGAGACAGAGAGCUGCUGAAAAUGAACAAGAACUUUCUCGUGUAAAGCGCGAUUUUGAGUCUCUGAAAUCGUACGUCAGUAGUCUCAUUAGUGUUCGAGAAACACUUAUUUCGUCUGAGAAGCAAUUUCAAACUAUCGAAAAGCUAUUUGAACGGCUUGCUGCUAAAACAACCCAAUUAGAGGGAGAAAAAAUGCAAAAAGAAGCUGAAGUACAGAAACUGAUGGAAGAAAAUGUGAAGUUGCAUGCUUUAUUAGACAAGAAAGAAGCCCAAUUAUUGGCCAUGAAUGAACAAUGCAAGGUCAUGGCCCUCAGUGGUUCUAAUAUCUAGACUUCGAAAUCGACACAUGAUUCACACCGUUUCUAACUGUGCGGUUUGUUUUCUUUAUUCUGUAUCAUUGUGCAGUUAGUUGCUUAGCUCCUCCAUUGUAGGAGCCGAGCUGAGCUCAUCAUCUGAAAAUCCUUGAAUUUGAUUUGCUGUUUCCCGAACUGUACUUUUUAUUAGUGAAUCAAGUGUUGUAACAGUCGAUAUGGAUUAUUCGUUCAAUCAAUGCAAAGAUGUCUCGUGCUUUUUCUCGCUC